UCUAGUGGAUGUGGCAAAACCACACUAUUGUCCUGCAUCGUCGGGGUUCGGUAUCUUGAUAGCGGAGAAGUGUGGGUCUUGGGAGGAAAUCCGGGCAACAAGGGCUCUGGCAUCCCUGGACCUCGAGUAGGUUACAUGCCGCAAGAGGUUUCCUUGGUUGAAGAGUUUUCCAUGAGCAAUGCCUUCUAUUACUUCGGUAGAAUUAAUGGGCUCGACGAUGAGGAGAUCGAGACGAGACAGCGAUUCUUCUCGGAGUUGCUUCAACUACCCCCAGCAGAUCAUCUAGUGAAGAACAUGAGUGGAGGUCAGCAAAGAAGAGUUUCUCUUGCCGCCGCAUUAAUUCACAAACCCGAACUUCUAAUUCUCGACGAACCCACUGUGGGCUUGGAUCCAAUUUUGAGAGAGAAGCAA